CACAAGGAAUAGUUGGCGGGAGUGAAAGGGGAGGGACAUUCGAAUGUGUGAUUCACGAAUUCGAACACAUUUUCUACGCUAGUAAAGUAGCACAUGCUAGCUACGAACUGUACGUUCGUGGCUACAUUUUGACAACUCGUUUGUUUACAAGAGAAUGGCGGAAACUGUUGCAGUGCCUGUCGCCCCCUUGGCACCCACAGAGUCGGACCCAGAGCGGUGUGAAGACGAGGAAGAGCUACGGGGGAACGAGGCUGAAGAGAACAACCAACAAACUGGGCCUGUUGCAGCAGCUCCCCAGAACCGUCUCGCGAAGUUACCGCUAUCCCGCAUCAAGACAAUGAUGAAAGCCGACCCAGACGUGUCCCUCGCCAGUCAAGAGUCUGUGUUUAUCAUAGCUAAAGCCACAGAACUUUUUGUUGAGAUGAUUGCCAAAGAUGCCCUGGUGUAUGCCCAUCAAGGAAAGAGGAAAACUUUGCAGAGGAAAGAUUUAGACAAUGCAAUCGAGGCCAUAGAUGAGUUUGCUUUUCUGGAAGGCACUCUAGAUGCCUAAACACUCUCAGAAGAAAGAAGGCAGUUCAAGGAUCAGAGGCAUUUGGAAGACAGACUGACCUGUCUUGCUUUUGAAGUGACAUCACUGAGGUUUUGGUACUGGUCACAAGUAGUUCCCUUCCUGAACAUGUACAGUAUAUACUGACAUCAGUGAUGAUCCUCCCUCAGUUAGUCUUGUAUGUAAGGAGUCUGCCAUUUUUUUGUUUUUGUUAAUAAUUUGAGUUAUGUUAAAUAAAUCAUACAAAUGUUUGUAAA